AUGCACGCAUAUCCGCAGAUGCAUGGGCAUCAAACUCAGGGUCAACAAUUCGAGCAGCAGCAACAACAGCAGCAAUACCAGCAACAGGCCCAUCAACGACCAGGCCAUCAACGCGCUUCUUCAACCAGCUCCUUCCGAGGUGCUAGGAGCAGGCAAGUCGUUUAUGCAAGCCAUCAACAGCGCCGCACUGCUUCUCCAACCGCUCCAGAUUCUACCUCUUCUUUCCGCGUCACUCCGCAUAGUGAUCGCAUCAUCCAAACCACUCCAUUCACCUUUGAGGUCCCUUCGAACAUUGCCAUGCCUGCUGGCACAUCAUCAGCUCGCAAAAGGUCCAAGACCUUUGACUCCUCUCAUGAAGCCAUUGUUGAGCACGGUGAGGGAAACUCAAAUGACAAAGGUGGCCACUCUCUUAGGAAGCGUCAAAAGGUCGAUUACAACCAGGAGACAAUUGAGGAUGUUUCGGGCGCUCCCCUCACCAGAGUCGAUUCGUUUAUCAAGACUGCCGCCAUACCAGCCACCCGUGGACGCCGGCGAAGGGGUACCCAAGGGGAGUCUGAGGCUGAAGAAGUCAAGGACCAUGAUCAUACGGCCUUGCGGAACAAGCGGAGCAACAAGUCUCCGGCUCCUGCACGUAACUCAUCCUCUCACCGGAAGCCAGCGUCUAAGAAACCAGCUACCGCGCAGAGCACUUAUGUUGAGCAUCAGUCAGACAAUGACGUGCAAGACACCAUCUUGGUUGGUGUCUCGAUGGAUGAGAUACUUGAAGUAGACGAAGAGGUGGAGCAGUCCACAGUUCAAGGUGCAUCCGCGGAGGAUCAGUCGCCAAAGCCCAAGGGAAGCGGUGCUGUCUCUCAAGGUGAACAGCCAUUGCCUCCCACUGCUGAUGAAGCAGUACAGGCGCCCAAGGAUGACAACAUUGCACGCAUCAGCAAUGAGGAUGAAUCGACGCGAAAUCCAUCGACACGGGAAAGUGGUAACACCGCUUCUUCCAACAAAACCUCGACCAAUGAGCCAUGUUCACACCAGGUAUCUGCCGCCUCGGACGAGAUCGAGAAAUCAGGUCCAUCGGAUCAUCACCCAAGUCGCCAAAAUCUGCUUCAUGAUGGGCAUUUUAAGGAGGAGCCCACAGAGCAAGAUGAAGCAAGCAAUUUGCACUCCGUGCCAGAAUUGAUUCCACAAGCCCAUCCCUCGCCACCGACCUCUUCUUCAAAGGUUAACUCUCAACCAAGCAAUCGUCCGCCAUCCCCACCUAUCACCACACAAGGUGAUGAGUCGGUUGCGGCAGCCUCGCCGUCGUCAUCUUCUCAGAUCGUACGACCUCCUAAGCCGGGUUUCCCUCCCCGCAUGAAGAACCUCGAGAAGGUCUAUAGUCUCGAGACACCUACAGCUGCUUCUCUGAAGCUCACGCCCUAUGUGGACGACGAUGUCACACACCCCGGCCCCUUCACUGAAAGGCUUGUCCUUGAUCCUAUGACCAAGGCUAAUCCUACGCCUAUACCGACACCGGCCACGUCACCGGCUCCCACGCCUGCACAAACGGUACCGCUCGCCUCGGCCGCCGUCCCAGAACCCACGUCUGCUGAACUCAAUUGGGAUGGGCGCCGCAAGCUGAACAGGGAAGAGUUUUACAAACUCUGGCGACAGGAAACGGCCAAGAGGGUGGCGAGUGGGCAACCUCGUAUGUCGAUGAUGGAGUUUCAAAAGAACUACUACAUUCCACGGCUACUGGAGGCACGGGCUGAGUCUGGAGGCGAAAUAUCGGAAGGACUCCCCCCAGUAGAGCCAGCUCCG